CGUCUUCCAUCCGUCGCGUCUUACCCAACAACACUCCGCAUUACAACCACAAUGAACAAAUCACUCGAGCCCAACCUGCACAACCUCCUACCGUCGCUGGCGGGGCCUAUACCGUCGGAGCUCCUCGAUCUCGCGACUUCACUCCUCGCGCAGUCGCACACGCGCAUUAGCAACCUCAAGGCGAACGAGGAGAUCGCGCGAUCGUACGUGUGUGCGCAUCUUGCAUGUGAACGGCUGAAGAAUAAAAUCGAUAUCCCGAGCAUCGAGCCGAAUCCCCCCCUGCCGCCGAAGGAGUAUAAUAAGCUCCUGGCGUACUUCAAGACCUCGCUCGCGCCAGCUGCCCGGGCGUCGACUCGGACUCGGAAUGCUCCCGUACCUGCACCCACACCCGCAGCUGCACCUCCGCCACCACCAGUAACCGCAACCGCACCCGCAUCUACAUCCGCCCCCGCACGAGCCUCGGACGCACUCGACCCCACCCUCGCCGCCAACCUCAAAGCACUAUGCACACGGCUCAACGCGCCGAACGCGUACACAUACGUGUACAACGGGGUGCACGCGGUGCUCACGGCGGCCGAGAACCGCACUGUGCGCGGCAAGGCGAUCGAAGCGAUCUCUGUGGCGGUGGGAAUACUCGUGAUUGAGCGGCUGUCGGCGCACGACACGGAGAUACCGAUUGGCAAUAUCAAGUGGAAGCGUGGAACGGGGUAUAAGACCAAGCAGAGGGAGGUUAUGGCCGUGCUGGCUGAGGUCGCCAGGACCAAGGCUCCCCUGAAACAUGCUGUCGAUGAUUGGGUCCAGAAACUUAGUCAGCAGGGGUUUAGGAAGUGGCCUUGGAUGCAGGCGGUGCCGGAUGGCGUUGGUGCCGGGGGGAACGGCGUGCUGGGGAGGGUGGGCGAAGUAGGGGAGAGUGUGGAAGCUGUGGAGGUGAAGGGGACGAAUAUUAGGAAGCGCAAGGCGGAGGUGCAGCCGCCCCAGCCGGAAGCGAAGACUAGGAAGGUGAAGGCUGAGAGCAGUGCUACUGGUGCCAAAGUACCUGCCGCCCCUGCCGCGAAGAAGAAGGCAGCCACUAAAAAAGCCGCAGCUGUCCCAAAGACGAUCAAGGCGGUCCCCAAGUCUAGGCCGAAGCCGAAACCCAAGACAAGUUCCACCAAGACUGCUUCCUCUGGCGAUGCCGGUGGCGGAGGAACAAUGUUGCAGGAUCGAGUGGACUAUUUGACCGAGAAGAAGAAGAACUCGUUUCAGAUAUGGAAGCUACAGAUUUUGGAGAAGUGUGCUGAGGUUGAAGCUUUGUAAUUGUACUUGUUUCUAAUACUGUUUCUUUCAUGCAUUCUUAUUCCCAGAUUUUCGUUUACAUAUCCAGAUAUCCAAAUUUUCAUUACAGCAACUUCAGAUGAUACGAAACAACUGGUAGGUAGUGCACGGCAUUCGCAUUUUUCUGAUUAGUGAAUGCCACAAAACAAAAAUGAUCGUACAUCAACAUCUAGUUUAC